GUAACAGAUGCACCUGACAGGUUGCCUUUCGACAUCCACUAUGGCUAUAUAACACUUCGAAGGUUCUUCUUUGACAACUUCCACUUCCUGCUCCCGGAUAGCGCCCAGAUGCCACCGCCGCUCGUCCGAGGAUGACAGCACAGAUUCUGGCGGCUGAGCUGGGAAACCUCAUUCAAGAUUCGAAGCGCAAGAACACAGAGCUGAGAAACGCCGCGGACAAAGCUCUACAGGAGCUGAAGUCCCUUCCAGUUACUUCGGAGGCCCAGCUCUCUGCAGACCUCUCCAAACGGCCACACUUCAUCUCUCCUUUCCUUCUCGCCUGCAGUACCCAUAAUGCCAAAUUUGGGUCUACCGGAGUCUCCUGUCUGCAGAGGCUCAGCGUUGCGCGAGCUUUGCCCAGAGAACGACUGACUGAAGUACUUGAUGCGCUCAAGGAUUCCGUGUCCCUGAGCCAUGAUGUCCAGCUAAAGAUAUUGCAAGCAUUGCCUUCAUUGAUUCAGAACUACCCUAGCGAGGUUCGCGGAGAUCUGGUUUCAGCGAUAUUGCAGAUAUGCUCCGCCCUUCAAAGUGCAAAGAAUCCCGCUGUCAGCAACACGGCGGCAGCCACCCUUCAACAGCUUGUGAUUGCAGUAUUUGACAGAGUUGCAUCAGAAGAUGAGAAGGCGCUCGAGAUCCCCACGGUCACGCAAGUUCCGGGAGACAAUGGCUCUGUCGCAGUCAGGCCUGCAGCCCACGAUGCUUACAAGGUGUUCCACGACCUGAAUCUCCUUGUCACGGGUGAGAAGCCAGCUUUUAUUCGGUUUUCGUCGAUCCCGUCUACUUCAAUCCUCGAAGUAAUCGAAGCGAUAUUGUCAAACCACGGCAAAGUCAUGUCUACGCACGCAGAACAGAUCCAUCUCAUACGGUCAUUGCUCAUGCCCACCAUCAUUCGAUCACUAUCAGACCGGCUGUCUUUUCCCAUCACGCUGCGCAUUAUCCGAGUAUUGAACCUGCUGAUUCGUAAUCAUCUCGAUAUCAUGCCGUCCGAAUGCGAGAUCGCUCUAGGUCUUCUUAAUCAUAUGCUUGAUCCCGAAGCGUCCACGUUGUGGAAGAGGGCUCUUUGUCUCGAGACUUUCCGCGGCAUAUACUCGGACCCACGCCUUUUGCUCCAAAUCUAUUCGCACUUCGACCAGCAAGAGGGCAAGAAAAACAUCUUUGGGAAUAACUUAGCAGCUUUCGUCCGCCUGUCGACAGAGAAGCCGGCUCUCAUCGGGCUCGGGCAGCAGUCCACUAUACCAGCAAACCGCAGUGACGGGAAAGAUACCACGUCUGAGCAAGCAGUUGCCGAAGCAGGAGCUCUUGCUGGUGUCAUUGGCGGACCUGUCGCUGAGACCAAUGCCACCGGUCAUCCGGCGGGGAUCAGUACGCAGUGGAGCACAUUAAAGACACCGUGCAUAGAGCACCUCGACAAGUCAGAGCCGCCACAUUUGCCGGAGACGUACGUAUACAGCCUUGUGCUGACCUGCAUCACAAACGUCUCCGAAAGCCUAGCCAAGUUUGUGCUCCCUCUCACUGUGUACCACGAAAGCAAGAGCAGGAAGAAAAGCAGGACAGAGGAAACCCUAAAACUAGAUGAGGCGGCCCCUCCCGGAGCGGGAAAUCGUCGCCUUUCGAGGACCCAAUCUUUCCGGAAGAGAACAAUACCUGUGAACCCGCUUACUCUCGAGGAGCACUCUGCGUACGGCUACGUGGAAGCGUCAGCAGCCUUGGUCACGGAAUGCUGGCCUGCCGUUCUGGCUACGUGCUCCACUUUUCUAAAUGCUGCACUAGACGCCGAUUACUAUCGGGCUUUGGUUCGAGCGAUUCAAAAGUUUACUCAAGUGGCGGGUCUGCUCAGACUCCCUACGCCCCGCGAUGCGUUUCUGACCACCCUCGGGAAGGCGGCGGUACCGUCAAGCAUGCUCCUGGCCAAUGUUGCGUCGCCAAAGUCGCCACAAAUGGAACACUCUGGUGUCUUCUCGAAUGCAAAAGGACUACUUAGCGUUGACAAUCUUGUUAGUCAAGCAUCCUCCUUGGCCUUAGAGAAAAACCGGCGCCCUUCACAUGAAGCCAGCAUGCCCAUACUUGGACCUCGAAACCUUCUCUGUCUGCGAGCAUUGCUCAACCUUGCUAUCGCAUUGGGCCCAACCCUUCAGUCGGCAUGGUCCAUCAUCUUCGAAACGCUGCAGGUGGCGGACCUUGUCAUGGCGAUGUCCAACCAGAGCGGGGUGCGCACCCCAGGUGGCACCGCAAGCCGUGUCGAACUGGAAUCGUCUUCAGAAAAGGUAGAGGCCGAGACUUCUGCUGUUCAAGCGGCUGCUCGAAGGCUUUUCGAAAGUACUGUGGACUUUCCUAACGAGUCUUUUAUUGAAGUGCUCCAGGCGCUGUGUGCACUGGUACACACUGGAAGUGCUCCACAAAGUGGUCAACGAACUCCUACGAUCCAAGGCCGUCCGCAAAUCCUCCAUCAGCGGCGCCUAGGAAGUGUCUCUGGUAUCUCGCUAACCACUGAGACCAACACGCGAGACUCUGCUUUCACAUUGAACAAAGUUGGAGAGCUCGUCGCAUUGAACGAGGAGAGGCUUGCGCAGUACGAGCCUGCUGAUAGUGGCUGGAGUGUUUUUGUCACAGAGAUAGUCCGCUUUUCCGCAGACGACCGCAAGGCAGCAUCAACGCGACUACUCGCUGCAGACAUUUUGGCUAGGACGGUCAAGGAGAUCGCCGAGCUCUUAUUAUCCGAUGAGCAGCGCAUUAAUGUUCAAAGCCGGAUACUUUCGGCACUCCAAACGCAGAUAUCGGCCUUGCACCAAGAUGACGCCGGGAGCGACGAUCAUUACAGUGACACCGAUCUCAGGAUCCAUCAGAUAGCCCUCGAGGCGCUCAAGAGCGUCAUUGAGCAGUGCGGAGAAUCGCUCGUGUCUGGCUGGGCUUCAGUCUUCGACAGUCUUCUCAGUGUAUUCUCGUCCGUGUCCUCGCCUUUUCGCGGCGACGAGCGCCCUUCUAUUGUGGUUAACGGACAUGCGGAUGCCCACGCGGGCCCUAUUGAGGUCAUCUCAAAGCCACUUGCCCGGACCGCAUUCGCGACUGUCCAGUUGAUCUGCUCUGAUUUCCUGGCUGUCGUCCCUGAUAUUGCACUGUCUACGCUAUUAGAUCUCUUGCUUAAGUUCUGUUGCCAACAGGAGGACCUAAACAUGUCGCUCACUGCAGUUACCUUCUUUUGGAACGUAUCCGACUUCUUACAUUCCCGAAGCGACAUCUCCAUGUUGCCAGACGUAUUAGGCAGCAUCCGGAAACAAGACGAAGUUCGGAUAACGGUGCAGUCGGAGUCACAAGCAGGCAGCGUACCCGCGUUGUGGCUUCAAGUCCUUCUAAAUCUGUCUGCCAUCACGACAGACAAACGCGCAGAACUGCGCAAUUCCGCUGUUCAGACCAUACAGCGGAUCUUCGAGAAUUACGUUGAUCAACUGUCGUCUGAUGCUUGGAUGCUAUGCUUACGCAGCGUGCUUUUUGGCAUGGUUGAGUCCAAUCUCGCAGCUCAGAAAGCGAUUCGAGGCGCUUCUAGCAACGCCUCGGAGGAUGUAAAGGCGUGGAAUGAAACGACAAAGACGGUUCUGGAUUCCGUCAGCACCUUGAGCUCGAUGUGCUUGGACAAAAUUGACGACACUUCGAGACUCGGCGAGGCGUGGUCUGAUUUGUUGGACUACUUUCAGCAAUAUUUCAGCUGCGGAUCACACGCUCUUGGAUCAUCAGUCUUCACCACUAUUACGGGAGUAUUGUCCCGAGUAGAGGACGCUCGAGCACUGGGCCCUUCACCUCUCCGGAAAACUGCAACUAUUUGGAAGGAGUACUUCAGCCAUCGCGAUGCCUGGCAGAAGAGCUCUGAAGAUAACCAAGAUGCCUUCGUAGCAUAUGCAGAAGCAUUCAAGGCCAUCUACCGGCUCUCGGAACAAGUCCUUGACGCGGACCUCUCCUCCAUGCUAGCCAAUCUUGAAGCGUGUAUAGUCGAUGCCGACGAGGUGGCCUAUUCUUCGGAUAUCGACCACAUGACUACACUUCAGAGUCGCGUUAUGGAGUGCCUCUCCAUGGUUCGCUCCGAGGCCGCUGGACUACCUGCAUACCUGAUCCAAUUGCUCAGCCGCUUUAGCAUCCUGCCCUACACAUCCUUGGCAGAAAAUCCCGAUAAGCGCGGUCCAACGUUCGUGGCUUUGUCAAAGGCAUCAAUGAGCCUUUUACAAGGCAUCAUCGUCAAGCAUAUUGGAGAUGAGGAAAUCUACUCCAGCGGCGCUUUCUUCUCAGCACUCACGAGUCUGGCAAAACCGAUACAAGAGAAGUACAUCUGGCAGCGCGAAGGCAAGCUUCCUACCCUAUGGCAAAAAGCCACCGCAACCGCCCUUGCCAUACUCCAGCCCGGUCUAACGCACAUCAACGAGAUGGAAGGCGAGCCGCUGAAAGCUAUCUGGAACCAAAUCGUCAACAUCGCCAGCGGCAUCACCCGAGCGCAAAUCAGCUCGACUUCUCCUCUAGCUACUCUGGACAAGGAUGAGACCUUCGACAUUACCUCCUUCACUAAACUCCACGAUCUUAUUACGCUCUCGCUCGGGUCACCCUCCCUACCAGACACUCUCCGCCGUACUUAUGCGCGAAAUCUUUUCGAGACCUCUAUCAUUCACCACCCUGCACCCGGUGAGAUUCCCAACCCCACCAGCGCGCCGCUGGAAGACCUAUACAAAGUGCGUCUCGGCCGGACCGAUGACCCCGAAGUCAGCCUCCGUACUGAAAUGGCCUACGUCUGCCUCUCCGAACUCUUCUCUCUCGUCUCCGUGCAUGACAGUUCCGCCGAGCGUACCAAGCUCGCGCAAGCUGCAGCGCCCUACCUGAUCCUCCGCACCGCACUCCCACUACGCGCCUAUAUCGCAGAUCAUCCCCUGCGUGGCCGCAUGCCGCAGCCUGAACCUCAACGAAGAGAACUCUUGUUUGCGUUGGAGCAAUUGGGCAAGUUGAGGAGUGAGCCUGCGGCUAUUCCAGACGCACCUGGUGUGAGGAGUAAGCAUAAGAAGCAUUUGCAUCGGCUGUAUCCGUUGCUAGUGAAGGCUAUGCGGGUUGCGAGGAACGAUGGAGGGAUUUUUGAGGGAUUGGUUAGGCUGACGGAUAUGGUUGGGAUGGAGUUUGGCGUUAUGGAUCGAAAUGCCGAAUAAAACCUUCAUGACUUCGUGAAUCUACUAUCUGCUCCACAAGCUUAUCAAGCAUCAAC